UUCAGUCGUUUGGCCAUUCCUCCACACAACUGCCGCCCUAACCUAAUUAACUUUUUGCUCGACCAUAGAGUAGCGUCGUAGCCGGCGACAUGCUCUCCGACGAGGCUGUACACAAAGUCAAAAAAUUAGACGAGAAAGAUUUUUCAUCUUAAUCAAAUUAGAUUAAGGACAUCUCAGAUCUUCGGUUAUCUUCAUCAAAUCUAACAAAUUCGUCGCCUAAAGGUGGGAGAGAAGACAUUGUCGUUGUAGAAGAGCAUCUUUCAGCGAGGGAUCUUCGUUCCCCAACCCAAUGAGUUUGACUUUGAGUUCUUGGUACAAUCUCUAUUUGUACGGCAUGAUGGUAGUGCCUUCCAUGAGCUCAGGCAAUAAUGGUCUUGUACUAGACGAGGCAAUGAAACCAUUGGGUAUUUCUUCCUCGGAUGCCUACGCAUCCGAGGAAUCCUCAACCUCCUCUUCUUUGACCGGGUCUUCUCUAUCCGGUUUCGAAACCCGGUCGGGCCCCAACAUCAUCGUCCCUGAACCGCAGCCUGUUAACCAAAUGCCCGGUCAGGUCUUUCAGGAGAGGGAUGAACCGGUUGACGAUGAGCUGGCUCCUUAUGACCCUGAUAACGAGUCAUAUGAGGCAUGGGUGAACCGGUUGGAAGCGGCCGGUUACUUUCCCCUCCCUACUAGCUACCCCUCAGACAUUUACCCCCAUGUUUCCAAGAUUGCCCAAAACAAGGCCCGUAGGAAUCUCCCGGAGAGGUAUGUCCUUGAAUUCGACCCCAGCUGGCCGAACAUUGUCGAGCCUCACCAGGAUGAUAUAAUAGGCUUCCAUAUUACUUCUUUGGAGAGUGGCACCGUCUUCCCCCUCCGUCCCCUCCUUGUCGAGUUGUGUCAUUGUUUUAAGAUCCUUCCCGGGCAAAUUACGCCCAAUGCCCAUCGUUUCCUCAACGCCUUUGUAAAUAUCUGCGUUGAACUUAAGAUCGGCCCUUCCCUUCGCAUGUUUCUCUUCUUGUUUGAAGUCCUUCCCGGUAAGUCGGGAUGCGACGGUUAUGUCUAUUUCAAGGGCCGUAACGGUCGUCAAUUUAUCUCUGACCUUCCACAAAGCAACCGACAGUGGAAGGAAAAAUUUGUUUUUAUAAAAUUCCCCACCGUUUCUCCUUUGGCUGGCAUAAAAUGGAAUGACCACAUCCUGAAGCCUCAAUAUACCGAGUCGGCCACCGCCCCCGAUUUGGAAGAAAGUUUAGAGAAGCUUCUCCGAGGGGACCCGUUCACCGGGCAAAUGUUUCACUAUGGGGCUUGGAUCUAGCGGAUCCAAUCGGGUGGCGAGGGUACCCCUACGGCUCACGAGGCAGUGGGGCACGGGGUACCCGCCCCGGGCAACACUGCAGAGGCCGGGGGCCCUAGCCACCCAGGUACCUUUCCUUUCCUCCUUCUUCCUCCUUCCGCUAUACCGGUCAAAGUUCGAAUAUUUAUAUUUUU